AUGACAACACGAGCAAAAUCAGGAAUUUUCAAACCAAAGUAUACCGCUGAUAUUGCUUCUCUCAAUUCUUAUGCUUUGCAUGCUACCUUAUCAUCUCAUAGUGAACCCUGUGGUUUUAAAUCUGCGGCUAAAGACCCGAAAUGGAUGGCAGCAAUGGUUGACGAAAUCAAGGCCUUACAACAUAAUAACACAUGGACUCAUGCGGACACAUCUCUCUUUGUUUUCCGCAAAGAGUCUCACAUUAUGUAUAUGUUCGUCUAUGUUGACGAUCUUAUACUUACGGGAAAUAAUGACACUGCCAUCACUACCUUUAUUUCUUGUCUUCAUCAUGAGUUUGCCAUCAAAGACCUUGGGGAUCUUAAUUACUUUCUGGGCCUUGAAGUUCUCUAUACUCACACUGGUCGUUUUCUAACUCAAGCAAAGUAUGUUGCCGAUAUUCUUCUUCGAGCACAGUUACUUGAAGCUAAACCAGUCAGCACUCCCCUUGCUCCGCAUGAGUCAUUUUCAGCAAAUGAUGUUCCUUAUUCGGAUCCUACUCUUUAUCGUUCCUUGCUUGGUGCUUUGCAGUAUUUGACUAUUACCAGGCCAGAUAUAUCUUAUGCUGUAAAUCAGCUCUCACAGUUUCUUCAACAUCCGACUAUUGAUCACUUUUGGGAAGUCAAACGUCUUUUAUGGUAUGUCAAAGGUACUAUAUCCUUUGGCUUGACCUACAGUCAUCCUCAUUCGCCCUCUAUCAUUGGGUACUCUGAUGCUGAUUGGGCUCGUUGUCUUGAUACACGUCGCUCCACAUAUGGCUACUCUAUUUUUCUUGGUGGAAAUCUGGUCUCUUGGAGUGCUAAGAAGCAGCCUACUGUAUCCCGAUCCAGAUGUGAGUCUAAGUAUCUAUAG